AUGGCUCAACCUCAAGUUCGCACAGCUGGCUCUACGAGCCGGUUCUUCCAGUUUAAGCUCGUGCUUUUGGGUGAAUCAGCAGUUGGAAAGAGUUCGUUGGUGUUGCGUUUCGUGAAAGAUCAAUUCGAAGAGUUCCGCGAAUCAACAAUUGGAGCCGCCUUCCUAACUCAAACAAUCUCACUAGACGACCAAACCACAAUCAAAUUCGAAAUCUGGGACACAGCCGGCCAAGAACGCUACAAAUCCCUCGCCCCAAUGUACUACCGCAACGCCCAAGCCGCAGUAGUAGUCUACGACAUAACCCAAUCCGCAUCCCUCGACAAGGCAAAAUCAUGGGUAAAGGAACUCCAACGGCAAGCUUCUGACUCAAUUAUCAUUGCACUCGCGGGUAACAAGGCGGAUCUGAAUGAGAGUAGGGCGGUUCCGACGCAGGAGGCGGCGGCGUAUGCGAAGGAGGCGGGGUUGUUGUUUUUUGAAACGAGUGCGAAGAGUAAUGAGAAUGUGAGUGAGUUAUUUGAGGCGAUUGCGAGGAAGUUGCCGUUGGAUGCGAGCUUGAACAGAGGACGGGCUGGAGGGGCACCGGCGAGAGGUGUAGAUUUGUCGAGGGGACAAGCUGCACAGCAGGGUGGGUGUGCUUGUUAAAGCGGUGGUUGAAGAUCAUCACAAGGGGAGUUUGGGUCUUUUUCAUUUUCAUUCCUUUGAUUUCGGCAGGUGCCUUGGUAUUCUUUUUCGUAUUGUUUUCAGACUAUGUCAGGUCGU